UUUCCCCAGAAGCUGCAGUCCUCACCAUGAGCCCCUGGCAGCCCCUGCUCCUGGCGCUCCUGGCUCUAGGCUGCAGCUCUGCUGCCCCUCACCACCGCAAGCCGACUUUUGUGGUCUUCCCCAAGGACUUGAAAAGCGCCAACCUCACGGACACCCAGCUGGCAGAGGAAUACCUGUACCGCUAUGGGUACACUCGGGCAGCCCAGAUGAUGGGAGAGAAGCAGUCCCUGCGGCCCGCUUUGCUGAUGCUUCAGAAGCAGCUGUCCCUGCCCCAGACUGGUGAGCUGGACAGAGAGACACUCAAGGCCAUUCAUACACCACGCUGUGGUGUCCCAGACGUGGGCAAAUUCCAAACCUUCGAAGGCGACCUCAAGUGGCACCAUCAUAACAUCACAUACUGGAUCCAAAGCUACACUGAAGACUUGCCGCGAGACGUGAUCGAUGACUCCUUCGCGCGCGCCUUCGCGGUGUGGAGCGAGGUGACACCGCUCACCUUCACCCGCGUGUACGGGCCCGAAGCAGACAUUGUCAUCCAGUUUGGUGUCGCGGAGCACGGAGAUGGGUAUCCCUUCGACGGCAAGGACGGUCUUCUGGCACACGCCUUCCCCCCAGGCCCCGGCAUUCAGGGAGAUGCCCACUUCGACGACGAAGAGUUGUGGUCGCUGGGCAAAGGCGUCGUGGUCCCCACUUACUUUGGAAACUCAGAUGGUGCCCCAUGUCACUUUCCCUUCACCUUCGAGGGACGCUCCUAUUUGGCCUGCACCACAGAUGGCCGCAACGACGGCUCGCCUUGGUGUAGCACGACAGCCGACUAUGACACGGACCGCAAAUACGGUUUCUGCCCCAGUGAGAGACUCUACACGGAGCACGGCAACGGAGACGGCAAACCCUGUGUGUUCCCAUUCAUCUUUGAGGGCCACUCCUACUCUGCCUGCACCACUAAAGGUCGCUCGGAUGGUUACCGCUGGUGCGCCACCACCGCCAACUAUGACCAAGAUAAGCUGUAUGGCUUCUGCCCUACCCGAGUCGACGUGACCGUAGUUGGGGGCAACUCAGCAGGAAAGCUUUGCGUCUUCCCCUUCGUCUUCCUGGGCAAGCAGUACUCUACCUGUACCAGCGAGGGCCGCAGUGAUGGGCGCCUCUGGUGCGCGACCACAUCGAGCUUCGACACUGACAAGAAGUGGGGUUUCUGUCCAGACCAAGGGUACAGCCUGUUCCUGGUGGCAGCUCACGAGUUCGGCCAUGCUCUGGGCUUAGAUCAUUCUAGUGAGCCGAAAGCGCUCAUGUACCCCAUGUACCACUACCACGAGGGCUUCCCUCUGAAUGAAGACGACAUAAAAGGCAUCCAGUAUCUCUAUGGUCGUGGUCCCAAGCCUGACCCAAAGCCUCCAGCCACCACCACAGCUGAACCACAGCCGACAGCUCCUCCCACUUUGUGUCCCACGGCACCUCCCACAGUGGGCCCCACAGUUGGCCCUACAGGCGCCCCCUCACCUGGCCCUACAGGCGCCCCCUCACCUGGCCCUACAGGCACCCCCUCACCUGGCCCUACUGCUGGCUCUUCUGAGGCCUCUACAGAGCCUUUGAGUCCAGCAGACAAUCCUUGCAGUGUGGAUAUUUUUGAUGCUAUUGCUGAGAUCCAGGGCGCUCUGUAUUUCUUCAAGGAUGGUCGGUACUGGAAGUUCCCGAACCACAGAGGAAGCCGAUUGCAGGGCCCCUUUGUUAUUGCCCGCACGUGGCCAGCUCUGCCUGCAAAGCUGGACUCAGCCUUUGAGGAUCCGCAGUCCAAGAAGCUUUUCUUCUUCUCUGGGCGCCAAAUGUGGGUGUACACAGGCCAGUCGGUGCUGGGCCCGAGGAGUCUGGAGAAGUUGGGUCUAGGCUCAGAGGUAACCCAGGUCACCGGACUUCUCCCGCGCCGUGCCGGGAAGGCUCUGCUGUUCAGCAAGGGCCGUUUCUGGAAAUUCGACUUGAAAUCUCAGAAAGUGGAUCCCCAGAGCGUCACUCGCUUGGAUAAGGAGUUCUCUGGUGUGCCCUGGAACUCACACGACAUCUUCCAGUACCAAGACAAAGCCUAUUUCUGCCAUGACAAAUACUUCUGGCGUGUGAGUUUCCAAGAUGAGGUGAACCAGGAGAACCAGGCGAACCAGGCGAACGAGGUGAACCAGCCGAAUCAGGUGGACCACGUGGGCUAUGUGACCUACGACCUCCUGCAAUGCCCUUGAAUUGGGGCUCCUCUUUUGCUUCAGCAAGUCUCUAGAGACCACCCUGAGAGAAAGGAGCUCAUUGGCCGGAAACAAACUGGUGAUCUCUUCCAGAGACUGGAAAGGAGUGGAGGCGGGCAGGAUCCUCUCUGCAUCCUGCCGUUUCCUGUUGGACUGUCUCUAAUAAACACGAAUCCCCCAAGCUUUGCCAGCUACGUUAAUCAGUUGGCUUAUCUGUAGUUGUAUAAGCAUCCAAGCACCUGCUGGUCAGAAGACAACUUUGAAGGGUCGGUUCUGAGCUUUUUAUUUUUAUGUGGCAUCUGGGGAUUGAACUCAGCUGACUUUUGUGACAAGUACUUCACCUGCUGAACCAUCUCACCGACUCCAGGUCUUUUAUUUAUUAUGUAUGUGGUCAUGUUCCCAUGCAUGUAUUUAGCCUAUAGAAUGCUUGCUAUGUGUCAGGCGCUGCUCCAACCACUGCAUAAAUAUUAAGGUGUCCAGUUACCCCUACUGGAAGGUAUUAUGUAACUAUUUCUCUCUUACAUCGGAGGACACCACGGAGAUAUCCACUCAUUAAACAUUUAUUGAGAACAUC